AUGUCAAGUGGUGGUUGUACUAUUGUGGGAGUGGGAAGCCUCGUGGAAGCAACCAAGAAAUUGCAUGGCAUUGGCAUGCCCUUAAAAACAAACAAAUUCUGUAUUCUUUUUAUUUCGUUCAUUGCCUGCAUGCACCAAUCGGACAUGGAAGGGGGAAGCACCAAGAGGAAGGCUUGCGACGAAGAAGAGCAAAUGGAGAAAUUCUUUGCUCUGAUCCGAAGCAGUCGGGAAGCUCGUGAAUAUAUUGUGAAUGGUAUUGGUGGCGCCCGUGAUGAUGAUGAAUUCAAGGACAAGGCCAUAAACAAGAAGAAGAGGCACAAGGUUGAGGAAGACAAGCCAAACGCAGUUUGGAAUCCAUCGUUCCAACUAGAAGAUUUCUUGGACGAUCCCCAACUGAUCAAGAACCCUCAAAUAUCUGCUGUGACUUCUUCUCAAAGCAAAGAAGGAAGCAAGGAAGAAGAUAUGGAAAAAGGCCGCAGCCCACUUAGUUUUGCUGACCUAAUCAUCCUCUUCAAUGGGUUACCCAUUCAACAUAAUCUAUUUUCAGAGCAGCACAUGCAAAUGCAAUUCCUAAACCGAACGCUGCUGUAGCUAGCUAGUGUGUGAAGAAAUAUCAAUCCGCUUAGGUAAGUGUCUACAUCGAGUGAGUGGUCCAUCGUACCACUAUUUAAAUAAAUAUUGGAUGUAAUUGUGAUAUUAUAUCAUCAUUAUCAUCAUCGUCAUGUGAUAUUUUAAUUUAAUAAAAAACUUUCAAGUGACCAAAAUGAAACAUAUUUGAUGGUUAUUUUUACCGAAUGACAUAGAAAGAUAAUUAUUAAAAUAUGUGGGAUUUAUUUGUCUAUAUGUAAGUUAAGUUUUUUAUUAGAUAAUGAUACCAUGGUGACAAUAUUUAAGUGGACCCUCCAGAAAGUUAUCCUCGACGACUUAAACUUGUGAGAUUAAUUCAACUCUAGACAACAACUUGGGAUCAAAUGUCAUCCACUCGUAGCCAUUAAUUCUUGGAUGGGAAAAAACCCAAUUUUGUUUGGACCUAAUUUCACAAUACCAUCCAUGCUGAAGUGAUAAAGCCCGCUUUCGCUCUCUACGAGACUACAUCAUCAACAUCAAUUUAUUUUAUUAUACUAUAAAACAAUUAAUCCCACAGAGAUUAAAGACAUCGAGAAGGUUUCUUUCCCUAAAUACUAAUUUAUUAAAAAUUUGAAAUAUUUAAAUAAUUAAUUCCAAUCAAAACAUUACAUGUAUUUUUU